CUGAACGUCGAAAAGCGUCGAAAGGACUUCUUAUUGAUAGUAUUCACAGUUGAUCAUACGUCAACAACAUCUGGAUGAAGUUGGAAAAAGUUGCUGGGAAAAGUUUUUGAACGCUAAGUUACUCUUUCACCCAGUUUUGUGUGUUUUAUUUUAUUUUUUUCGGUGGAAAGAGUCGGAGGAAGGAAGGAUGGGAAUAAGUCAGAUUUGAAGCAAAGGAGUUGUCAUGUUUGAAAGCCUGAGAUGAGACAUUGGAUUUCACAGCGCUGAAGGGAAGGGAGGAACUCCUUCUUCUUUCUUCUUCUUCUUCUUCUUUCUGCUGUGUCUGUGUCCCAAAAAGACGACUGUCUCAUGUCCAAGGAGACCGUCCUUCCUCCGGAUGGGCCGGCAGGGCCAGGAAAGGGCCCUCAGCAAGAGACAAGUCCCCUACUGUCAGUCUCACAAGAUGCUUGCGACAGAGAAUCGUCAGGAAGGACACCGUCUCCAAGGAAACCAGCCAACGAAAGACACGGUCACGUGAGCAAGGAGACGCCGAAUUAUUGCGAGCCUGUAAAAACUCAACCCCAGUCUCAGCCAGUGCCCUUGGAGCCAGCCGAGGGAGACGCUGGCAGGGACCAAAAUGGCUUUCGCCACAACAGCACUGGCACGCCCGCGCUGAGUAACGGCAACGGCAUCCACCCUGGCAUCGGCGGGGCCACGGCCACGCGUACAUGCUCCUGUGGUGCCAACAUCAGAACGGGCGCCGCCGCGGAUGGGUCAGGCCCUGGCACGAGAUCAGUGGGCACCGCGACGACGACGGAGCAGCCCAGGAAGCAGCCGUCCACGCCUGUUUCCCAGAGGAUGCAGAGGAAAUUGAGGUCCAGCUUGUCGGUCAACAGUGACAGCAGCAGACGCAGCAAAGGAAGUUCCACAGGGUCACAGAAAGCUCCUUUACCAGAGGACUGCUGCGUCCACUGCAUCUUGGACUGCCUGUUCUGCGAGUUCCUGACACUUUGCAACAUGGUGGCGACGCAGGCCUCGUGCGGCGCCUGCACAUCGGAGGCCUGCUGCUGCUGCUGCUGCACCGACGACCUGGGCGAUGACUGCAACUGCCCCUGCGACAUGGACUGUGGCAUCAUGGACGCCUGUUGCGAGUCUUCGGAUUGCUUGGAAAUCUGUAUGGAGUGCUGCGGCAUCUGCUUCCCCACAUAGGGAGGCCUGCGCUGGUGUAGACAAGCGUGUCUCUGCGGGGGAUAACUGGACCAUGGCUGGAAGAAUGGAGGGAAACUGCUGCUGCUGUCACUUUGAAUUCAGCAACAGACAGAAGAAACGUGUGUGUAUGUGUAUGUGUGUGUGAUGGUCGACAUGUGUGUUUGUGAAUGUCCUUUUUUAAUGUGUGAUGACUGUUGAGGUGUGUGCAGAGUAAAGCAUGCUUUGAGAGAUGCAUUUUGACACUGGGCUUCUCCCUUAAAACCAGCUCAGCAGAACCUAGAAGUAACUCCAGAUAUAUGAACAUGACGGAUAGAUCUUCAGUGUGUAGUAAGUUGUUUCUGCAAAUGGCACAAUGAGUAGGAUUUGUAGGUUGCAGUUUGUCAUCCCAGCAAUGAAAAUUGUCACCUCAAUGAAGUUUCCGGUGCGCCCCAAUGGUUAAAAACCAACGACAGAUUCACUCUUGUUUUGCCUUGCUAUAGUUGCGUUUUUUCAGGGCUGUGUCCGCCAUUUUCUAACCUUCUUCUUGGAUGCGUGUGCUUGCGAUCUGGCACCUGGUUGCUACGUUUUUUUAUAAGGGUUGAAGCCCCGAACACAGAAAAAUAAGGCAGGGGUAGGGUCCCAGCAGAUAGAGACAUUACCACACAUGUCUAGUUGGUCAUUAGUGAUGAUUUUGGCAGUCCAUAUGUUGUUUUUAGGAAAAUCCUGCUCAUUGUGCUUUUAAAGCUACUACAAGGAACUUGAACUGCAUUUGGCGGUCCCUCUGGACUAAAGUAGUAGCGUUUUCUAGCCUCAUGGCUCUAAUUUUACUGCAGUAGGGUCUGACAUUCGGCCCUGAUUAGUCCUGGUUCUGGUUGUUCAUGCCUCCCUUCCCUCCGGCGAGCACAAACAAUAUGGUCUGGGCCUUCAGCAGCUUGGUGUCGGUGUUUGCUCUAAAAGGGUCCCGGCGGAGUACCGAGGUGAGGCUCUGCUCCUGGACAGAGGAGACGCUGCUGCAAGACAGAUCUGAGUUUGUCAGCGGCGGGUUUGCUUUGCCAAAUCCCCUGCUGGAGUCUGAGCUGAAAGACUUUCUGGUGAACUUGCAUGAUUUUGUCAGAUUACGCGCGGAAACAGACCCGAUAAUAAGCAUUAAGAAUAACUAUAUAGAAAUAGACAAUCUUCUCACUGAUGGUCUUGUUUACUUAUGUAGGUCAUAUAGAGGCAUCACUAUUAAAUUGAGACUGGUUCAUAUAGUAACUUUAAGAAUUCUCUCCUUUGCGUAACACGUAUUAUCAGUCCUAAAGAUUUUUUUUGUUACAUCAGGAAUGCUGUCUUAUGUAUCUUAUCUUUUUAGUCAUUUUGAUGAAAAACCAAAUGAUUUAUUUACUCUGAUUUUAUUUUUCAAUACAUGUUUUUUUUAAUGCUCAAAAUCUGAAGUUACAGUCUUGGUACUGUACAACACUGUAAUAGGUUUUAUGUGACACUUCAUACAUUCUUAGUUGCAUACUGUAGUUUUGCAACACAGACUCUCAUUUACAGUUAUCUACUGUAGCACUGUAGAACAGUUUAAACUGGUGAAAUAUCAAAAGGUGAAUCAGGACAUCACAAAUGCUACUUUCUAAAACCAAAAGGAAGGAAUGUGCCUUAUUUAGGGUGUUUUUACUUCUCUAUUUCAAGCAUUUCUUAUAGUUGAAGUUACCUGUUGUUACAGAAAAAAGCUGCACAAAAUAGCUGAUAAGCAUAUAUUUGUUUGCUAAAUCAUUGUGGAAGGUCAAUGAAAAUGAAUCACACAUCUCUCAUAAAUUUGGCAGUAUUUGAAGUUUUGGGAUUACUGGAAAUACAGCGCAGAUUCUCAAGUAUUUAAUGAAAAAAGGAAAGCUUCUGACCAUCUCACUACAACGUAAAGAUAAACAAUGUAUUUCUUUAUUUUUACGAGUCUUACACUAAUGUUAGCCAUCAACAUUUAGGCUUUGUCAGCUGCAUAUGGUACAAGUCUUUUGUGUGAUGCUAUUUUACAUACGUACUGUGUAAAUAUGUUGAACUGCACUCGGUUCAUGAGGGGUGUGAUAUGGAAUUAAAAACGGUGACCCUUCUGCCACAUAAGCGGCUUUUGGGUAUCAAGCCUAGUGACUCACAACACAAAAAAAAGGAAUCAUGAACUGUCAUGUUGAAAUGGUAAACUAAUGCAGGGUAAAGGCAGUUUUCUUCUCCUUUUUCCCCCUCUGUGCCUUAAUUCUGUGUAUCUCGAGAUGAGUUUGUGGUGAAUCACCAGUGGAGUCAUUUUCUUGUCUUGGAGAUCCGCUUUGAUGUUGUUUAAGUGAUGAUACUUAAUAAUGGCCUACAUUAGCACCGCUUGCUAACUGGUUACAAAAAAAUGUCCCUUCCUAACGAGCAACAAAGAUAAUGUGCUGUCAUGUGCAGAUCGUCUUAAUGGCGCACUGUUAUUGUGUAUAAGGAGGUUGGAUAGGCACCUCUGCAGCAGAUUCUGUGCAGAAAGUAAAACCUCAUUUACAUGUUUAUGAUUAACUCACGCCAAGAGUGUCAAAAAACACUUUAGAUAAUGUGAAGAAUUCAUCUAAAAAGAGAAAAAUGUAUACAUAGCUACAGUAGUUGUCUUCCUAUAUUAUACUAUGUUGUAUGCUUUUCUUCUCAAUCUGUGCCUGACACUUGAUCCUUCUCAUUUCAUCUCGAUUUGUCAAUUUAGAGCUCACAGCUCAUUUUCUCAGUUUUGUACAUUAUCUUCAAAUCUCAAAGAGAAAAGUUUUUAAAAAAUAAAAUGUUUCCAAAAAUGAA